AUGUCUGGUCAAUUCCAUGGAGCGCAAAAAGAACUUUUAAAACUGGCCAAUCACCAUAUACCUUAUAUCCCAUGUCAAGCGCACCGUAUUAACACAUUUUUAGAACAUGGCUGCAAUGCUAGUAUCAUUAUACUUAACUUAAUUGUGCGUGCGAAAAUUCACAACAUUGACGCAAUACAUGCAGAAAUUGAAAUUCUGUUAAAUCAAUGUGAUGGAGAAAAUUUAAAUAACAUUUUUGAAAAAUCUGAGUCAUCAAAAUCAAUUCUUCCGUGGGCUAAUCAAAUUUGUCAUUUGGCAUUGACUGCUCCUGUUACUACUACAUCCGACGAAAGAAUGUUUAGUAAAUUAAAAUUAAUAAAAAAUUACCUAAGAUCGAAAAUGGCUGAUCAACGAUUAAGUGCACUGAUGAUGUUGAGUUGUGAAAAAGACAUAACAGAUACUUUGGAUAUCGAUGAUCUUGUACACAAAUGGGCAACGCUGAAGCAACUUAGGGUUCAAUUGUGA